UUCUCCCCGGGGGCAGGGAGCGGCGCUCGCCCUGCUGCUCCUCCUCGGGCAGCCGGCGGGAGGAGCGGGCCUCGCCGGUGAGGACAGGCGGCGCGGAGCGCGGAAGGUAUUAGCAUCUUCACUUUGAGAUGGUGGGCCUAGGAAAUAGCCGUCGAGGGAUGAAGUCUCCACCCCUCCUAGUCGCGGCACUUGUGGCUUGUAUAAUAGUUCUGGGAUUCAAUUACUGGAUUGCAAGUUCCCGCAGUAUUGAUUUGCAGAACCGCAUAAUGGAGCUAGAAGGAAGAGUCCGCCGGGUGGCUGUAGAACGAGGUGCUGUAGAAAUAAAAAAAAAUGAAUUCCAAGGAGAGCUGCAGAAGCAGAGGGAACAGAUUGACAGAAUUCAGAGCCUGCAUAACUUCCAGAUGGAAAACACUAACAAAAUACACAUGGAUGAGAAGGCAAUGCUGAUGAAUAACAUUACAACAAAUGAAAGACUCAUCCAGAAUUUGAAAGAAAACUUGAGAGGUCUGCAGAAGGAAUGUGGAAGGCUCCAACUUGACAUUUACAGGUUUAAGAAAAACCAGACAAACCUUCAGAAAAAAAUUACAUAUGACAUGUCUCAGUGUAUCAGUCAGAUGAAGGAACUGAAAGAACAAUGUGAAGAAAAAAUAGAAGCCACCUGCAAAAAAGGCAGUCAGAUACCAGAAGACAUGAAGAAUAGUUCAAAAAUAUUAGAGAGAAAUGAUCAAAUAAAUAUUCAAGAGCCAACAGAGUUCGGGCAGGGUGACCUGACGAAACAGGGAAAUGAACUUCAAGGAAAACAUUACAUCCCUGAUGAUUCUUUGAAACUAGAAAUCUUAAAGCCAACGCCACCCAGCAUAAAAAAUGUGGCAGAACUGGAUUAUCAAAGAGAAAAAGGAACUGCUUUUGCUGUCAACGAAAAGGAACCCAAGGAAGAGGAACACUCUGUUGAACAGGACAGCCUACAAAUAGUUGCUAAGCUUAACGCAGAUAAUAAUGGUCUGCCCCCAGAACCGGGAAUGGAACAGAAGUCAUAUGAAGAAGUUAAAAAUGUACUUGAAGUUGCAGCAGAAAAGCAGGCAGGCAAAUUGGCAGAAGCUAUGCAGCAGCAAAAUGCCAAUCAAGCAAAAGCAGACGAUGAAGAAGUUGAACGAGAGCACCUUUUAAAUGAUGAGCUGCAGCAGGAUGAACAGGAAACCAGAAAGACUGGUGAAUUUGGAAUCAAAACAGUAAACCAGGAUAAUGUAGUGGACUACAAUUUAGAAAUGAACGAGGCGGAAUCUGAAACAGAUAAGCAAGCUGCUCUUGUUGACAACCAAAGUAACUUUAAUGUCCAGAAACUUGAAGAUCCCAACAUGCAAAACCACUUAUUUAAGCUUGGCGAAGAACAUCAACAGAGGCUGUGAAUAAUGAGUUGUUGCAGGAAACAACUACAGACACUGAGACAAGGCUUGAAACCUUCAAGGCUUGAAAUGUUAGACUGAAGCGGAUCAAUUAGGGUUUAUUUAAAUAAUUUCUGACCUUAUUAACUUGUCUCCUGAUGUAAUGUUCUUACUAUUCCUAUGAAGUGUGCCAUGAAAACAUUUCAGGAGGAAGUCUUUUUUAAAAAAAAUUGAAUCUAUACCUGUUCUUCUGGUUCUCCUUGAACUGUGACAAAAAAGCCCCCAAAUACAAGUUGUCUAGCUACCAAAACUGGAAUUUCUUAAACUUUAGAAAUGCCAUUGUUUUCUCUAGCUAUCAAAGAAAGACAGUUCUUCCCAAUUAUUACUGGAUUUUGUACUUGUUUUCCAUAGCAAUUUCCUCCAGAAAGAAGAUAUCCUAGGGUUAUACUCUAUAAACCAGUUUUUAAACACUGAAAUAUUCGCCCAUAGUAGUAGCCAAGAGCAUGAUUUAUGAUCUUAUUGCAACUUGAAAACAUGGAGAAGAUGAAUCUACAAGCUCAGAUAAUAUCGACUAUUUCUUAUGAAGUAUCAUAACGUAAAACAAAGCUCAGUACUCUAAUCUUAUCACACGAAUAGGAAAGAACAUGGUACUGAAGUGGAAUCAGUAUAGGGUCAUAGAACUUUAUACCUGUUGAAAUUCAUCCUUGACCGUAGUGGUGACCCUUAAAAAUAACAGGCACAUAGUAAAUGUGGUACAAGUUUGUUGCUCCAUAAUCUUUUUUCAUGUUUACCAACUAACGGUUCUAUCCAGUUGGUGCUCUUGCACAAGCACUUUUGAGGCAGGGAGUAGAUACCCCCACCCAAAUCCUAUUCCCCUCCUCCAGCUAUUGAAAAUCUCUGGAGAAUCCCCUAACCUUCCAAAACUGUCUUGGGGGUGCUUGAUGGUAAUAACAAAAAUGGCCUCCCUUCUUUUGCAAUCACCUUCCACUUGUGGCAUAAGCACAAGGCUAACCAAUUAGAUAUGCCAUUACGUAUCUGAUUUUGAUUACUUCGAUAAAGCAGCCUAGUCUUUGUGAAAUGAGAACCUAUUUCGAUCAAUGGUGAAUUAAAUUAAAGAGUAAAAAAACCCAAA